GCUCUGAGGCAGCCACUGUUGAUGCCUGAUGCUUUUAUACUACUCAUGCCAAUCUACAAGACACAAGACAUCGAACACACGACACCUAUUGCUUCUUAUUGUGAUACUUUUUCUUAGACCGAGUAUGCUAAUCGACUUUAUGCCCAAAUGCCACAGUAGAAAGUCUACUUGCUCGUCAACUUCCAACUGGCAGUACCUUUUCAUUCAAAGGCGAUACUGCUAGCUGUGGACCAUGGCAUACCGACGAUCAGUUUUGAUCAGUUGUCAAGCAUACGUCCAAGAUAAGAGACCAUAGAAAUAC